AUGCUGAUAGUAUUUGUAGGAACUUUUCUGUUGGGGGCGCUGGAAACAACAGGGAAUUCUCCAGCACAGGACCCCGCACACCAGCACCUGAAGGCCCUCCACUGCCCCCCCUGUGAGCGGGUGCACUGCUCCCCUCGGACAGCGCUGAGGCUCAGGUGUAAGGGAGGGGUGACGACCGGUGUGUGCGGCUGCUGUCCGGUCUGUGCCAAAGCUGAGGCCGAGAGCUGUGGCGGGGCCUGGGACUAUCUGGGGAAAUGUGACCAGGGGCUGGUCUGUGUCUUCGAAGAGUCGGGACAGGACAAGACCGAAAGGACUGGAGUUUGUAAAGCAGUCAUCGAGCCAUUGGAGUCAGAGAGCUGCCACCCGGAGUGCACAAAGGAAUUCUGCCGUGACAACCCGACUAAAAUCUGCUCUGCAAGACUUGUGUCUCUGGAGAGAAGAGCGUGCCAGGGCUCUUGUCAACACACGUCGUGCUCUGCCUGUGUCUUGGUCACGCCCCCGCCCUGUCCUCAGCCCUGUCCCGCCUCAGACCAGUCCUGUCUGCAGCACUUUGGCAAAUGUGUUCACAACCACCUCCAGCUUCCCAACCAGCCUGUUUGCCACCACAAUAUACCGAGUAACACUGAAGGACUCCUGGUGUGUUUGGUCCCGGACUGUCCUCAUGCAUCAAAGUGA